AUGUGCAACCGAAGACCGAGUCAGGCGGAAAUUGCGGCAUUUAAAUAUUUAACAAAACGGGAUGCUUUAAAACGACUUCAAAAGUCGUUAAAUCAACAUAUAUUAACUGCUGAACCUCAAUUACAAAAGAGUUAUCAACUAGAGUUUGAUGGAUAUCAACAACUAUUCAGCCGGUAUUUACUUGAAAAUACUGAUCAAUCAUCAAUUGAUUGGCAAAAAAUCCAACCACCACCAGAAGAAACGGUACGUUCAGGUUUCCCAUUUGAUAAAAACCGAGAAAAAAGCCGUCAGUUUACCGGUACUUUCAUUAUUCCAUAUCAAAAAUUACUUGAAACUAAUGUUGAUGAUGCAAAAGAUUUAUUAAAUAAGUUAAUCGUUGUUAAACUUAAUGGAGGUCUUGGUACAACAAUGGGUUGCCAAGGACCUAAAAGUGUCAUUUCUGUAAGGAGUGGUCUUACUUUUCUAGAUUUAACUAUUCAACAACUUGAAGUAACAAUUGUCAUUUUUUUAUAA